CGAGCCCGAAGACUUCCUCCGCGGCUGACUGUAGCACGAAUAUUGUCAUUCACCAAUCAUCGCCGCUGCUAUGGGGGUGUAAAAAGGACUGACAUCCAUAGAAGAAAGACACAUUAUCAGGCUAAACUAACGGUUUAUGGAUUUCAUGAUGAUGAAGAAAAAGAAAUUCAAGUUUAAAGUGGAUUUCGAGCUGGAUGAGCUCUCUUCUGUCCCCUUUGUCAACGGUGUCCUGUUUUGUAAAGUCCGACUCCUUGAUGGUGGUUUCUCCGAGGAGUCGUCUCGGGAGCCGGUCCAUGCUAACUGUGUACGCUGGAAGAAGAGGUUCUCCUUCCCCUGUAAGAUGAGUGCCACCGCUGGGACGGGCGUGCUUGACCCCUGUGUGUGCCGAGUGUCUGUCAGGAAGGAGCUAAAGGGUGGGAAGACGUACGCAAAGCUUGGCUUUGCAGACCUAAACCUGGCUGAGUUUGCUGGUUCUGGGAACACGACACGUAGAUGUCUACUGGAAGGUUACGACACCAAGAACACCCGGCAGGACAACUCCAUACUCAAGGUUAUCAUCAGCACACAACUGAUGUCCGGGGACCCCUGUUUUAAAACGCCUCCUUCCACAGGCACAUUCAUUGGCGUCCAGGGAGAUGCAGAGAGCCUCCUGGAAGAGAGGAAGGGAGGGGACAACCAGAAGACCUUCAUGGAGAGCCGAGAAGGAAAGUGUCCCUCUGUUUCCGAUGAACUUGGGGGCUCCUGCCAUUCCCGAACAUCCAGCUACGCUAGUCAGCAGUCUAAAGUCUCAGGCUACAGCACAGGUCACUCCCGCUCCUCCAGCCUGUCAGAGUGUACCCAUCGCAGGAACACUUCUGUGGGCAGCGCUUCCACCGGCAUCGCCAGCAUCCUGGAGCCCUCUGACGACACUAGGGACACCAGGGACCAGAGGGAGAGCAGGGACCGGGAGAGGGGAGACAGGGAAGCCAGGAUGGGGAUGAUGCCCCCUACUGCUGGGGCGUCAGCCUGCACAGCCCUGCCUGAACACCCCACCCCCACCAGUACCAUUGGUUCCUGUACAGGCACUCCGGUGAAGAGCGCCUCGUCCUGCGAACGCCUCAACAGACACCUGGUGAAGCAAGGGUCCAUGGAGGGUCAGAUGAUGAGGGUGGAGGCAUCGAGGGUGGAUGCUGAUGACGUGGUGGAGAAGAUCCUUCAGAGUCAAGACUUCACCCCCAGCCUGCUGGACUCCAGCCAUGAAGAGGAAGGCCUGCGGUUGUUUGUCGGUCCCGGAGGAAGCACUGCCCUUGGAAGCCAUCACCUGCCUACCAGGGUUGGCGCUGGUGCAUAUGAACAGGUGGUGAUUAAACGUUAGGCCUAAACCCCACCAGGAGGAUGAGUGGCACAGCUGACAUCCAACAGAACCAUCAGUGGUUUUUAUCUUUAAUUCCAGCAAGCACAUUUUAUCCAACUGAACUGGCCUGUCAGAAAUGGACUGCAACAGCGCCCUCUGGUGUGCUUACAGACUAUGUGCACUGUCUGUUGUCCCCUGUUAGAUUAGCUCAGUGAAGUCAAGAAGAACAUCACCACGCCUCAAUCUGGGAAAGGAGUCAGACUAUUAAAAACUGCAGUUUGAGGUCACAGGAAAACAUGACCUUUUCAGCUGGAGAUCAAAGUGAUUUGGUUCUAUGUUUGUCCCCAGAAUGAAUGAAGCCUUUGCUGAAGAGGAUGAUGCCAUGCUUUUUCAAUACAUUCCCUAGUUAACGCUA